UUCUUCGAUAUUUGGGAGAAGCAUCGCUCAACCUAUCACUAACCUCGAAAAGCUCGUGAUAUUUGACCAUCAUGAAAAUCAAAGCGUUGAGCGGCGUGGAAAGCCAUCUAACGGCCGGGUCGAGUGCCCCCAAGGCACCGCGCAACCUCGACCCAGCCAUGCAUCAGUUUGAGCGAGGGCGCGAAUAUGUCCAGGCUUUGAAUGCCACAAAGCUGGAGCGCAUGUUUGCGAAGCCUUUCAUUGCUCAGCUUGGUAACGGUCAUGUGGAUGGUGUAUAUACAUUUGCCAAAGACCCUAAUAAUCUGUCACGAUUCGCUAGUGGGUCUGGAGAUGGUGUAGUGAAGUGCUGGAAUCUAAGUAGCCGUGAAGAGGUCUGGAAGACAACUGCAGCUGAGAACAUCGUGAAGAGUUUGGCAUUCACAAAAGAUCAUAAACUUUUAACCGCCUCGGCUGACUCAAAGAUCAAAAUCUUUGACCCCGAAAAUACGCCAAACGAGGCACCUCCCAUUCAUACAAUUCUCGGAAGCCAUCCAUAUACGUCUCUAUCCGUCCAUCGCGACGGGCGGUCCUUUGCCGCUGCUACGGAUUGUAUUUGUGUUCAUAAUCUGGACCAGUAUACUGCAGCCCCUGAAGUCUUAAGAUGGCCCACAUCUGGAGCAACCAUCUCUUCUGUUGCUUUUAACCAGAGUGAAACCAGCGUUAUCGCGAGCUGUUCUGGCGAUCGCAAUAUCAUCCUCUACGAUCUGAGGACCUCGUCCCCUCUUGGCCGAACAACGCUCAAGUUUGGAUUAAAUAAGAUCGUCUUCAACCCGAUGGAACCUAUGAAUUUCGUCGUCGCAAGCGAGGAUCACAACCUCUAUACUUUUGACAUGCGCUCAAUCAACCGUGCUCUGAAUAUCUAUAAGGGCCAUGUGGCAGCUGUUCUCGAUGUUGAUUUUUCCCCUGACGGCCGAGGUUUAAUUUCAGGAAGCUAUGACCGUACCCUGAGGCUAUGGAACAGGGACGAAGGCUCGUCUCGUGAUAUAUAUCACACUAAGCGGAUGCAGAGGGUAUUUUCUGUUUCGUGGUCGCCCGAUGCCAAUUACGUUCUUUCCGGGAGCGACGAUGGUAACGUGCGGCUUUGGCGAGCAAAUGCCUCUAAACGACAAGGCGUCAAGUCUGCCCGCCAUCGACAAGCAUUGGAGUACAACGAUGCUCUUAUCGAGCGAUACGGUCAUAUGCCCGAGAUCCGACGUAUUAGAAGACAUAGGCACAUUCCCAAGGUUGUGAAGAAGGCAGGCGAGAUCAAACAGGAAGAAUUGAAGGCAAUCAAGAGGCGCGACGAGAAUGAACGCAAGCAUACCAAAAAACAAUUCGAGAAGAGACAAAGCGAAAGAGACAAGGUGGUCCUCGCCAGAGAGAAGUAAUUAAUCAUCGGCGAGAUCGAGGCUCAAAUGGGUUGGAAUUGCAUUGGCGCGGCGUUUACAGGACUGGGAAAAUACGGAAUACCAAGAGGAAAAUCAAUGUAUGCAUCGCAAUACCGGCGUUCGUAAAUAUUAUGUCGAUUGCUACGGCCCUGAAAGAGACAGAUUGCCUCCUUAGUUAUCUACCAACACAGUCCCAACGCCGUCAAGUCCCGUGAGCAAUGGGCCGCUACGUAGUAGAUUGAACAUGUGUAGUUGUCUAUAGUAGUAUUUGGCCGUUGAGCCUCAUCAUGAACACGGUGGUAUUGGAAUGGUACUGUCUCGUCUGUCUAUUUCUAUUUGGUAAUGAUAUUGUCAUAGUCUGCGAGGCAAGAUAGACGAGCUGCCAGGUACAGCACCUACUGAAUUGCUGUAGGUAGCCGCCGCACAUGUCUCAGUGGAUAUGGUCCCUGUCGCCUGCUCGGUACAAGCCGAUUGGCCUACCUGAGUGCCCUAAGUGUCCGCCCACCCCUCCCCCUCUG